AUGUAGUUUGAUUUUGAAUAUGACUCAGAAGAAUCUUUAUCCUAAGACUCAACUUAAGCAAUAUAGUAAUAUGUUUAAAAGUAAGAGGAAAAAAUAAUUAUUGAUUAUGAAGGCAGACUUACAAAAUUUUGCUUAGAUGAAAACAUAUCAGAAUUACUAAAAUUCUAAAAUUUGAAGUAUUCAAAUAUGGCUGUGAUGACUCUAUUUAAUGUCAUAAAUGAAUAGAUAAAGUUUGAGAGUGAAGCUGCAAUAAGAUAAAUAUAACCAUUAUUUGAAACAAGCCUACAAGAGUAUAAAAAUCAAAACUUUGAAAAGGCAGAAAUAGAAAUCAGUAGAUUGUUUAAAGAGAUUAAUAAUUUGGAUUUCCAAAAAAUAUCAGAUGAGAUAAAUGAAUCCUAAAUUUCUAGUAAAGAGAUGAAUAAUUAGGAUGUUGUUAUGGUACUAGGAUUCACGGGGACUGGAAAGAGUACUUUCAUUCACUACUUAGCAGGAUCAAAAAUUUAAUAAAUAAUCAAUAAAGAUGGACUACACCACUGGGAACCCACUAAUUUUAAAUACAAAGCUUUAGAUCGCGUUAUUUCUAAACCAGAUGCCAAAUCAGAAACAAAGUUUGCUACUCUUGUCAGGAUCAAUACUUCAGACUAAGAAGGAAAUGAGUAUGGUGAAGAUGAAGAGAUUAACUUAUGCGAUACUCCUGGUUUUCUAGAUACUCAAGGAAAUGAGGCAGAGAUAGCUAAUCUAACCGGAAUUUAUGAAUGUAUAUCAGUUUGCAAGAGCAUAAAGCCUAUUAUUCUUAUUAGUGAACAAUAAAUCUCUGACAGAGGCUCAGGAAUUAAAAGUCUUGCAAAUGUAAUUAAAAAAAUGGUGAAGCCUUCAUAAAACUUUCAAUAACUGAUUCGGAAAUUCAUAUUUGUCUUUUCUAAGUUUUCAGAUAAGAAGAGUCAGGAGUAGCUUCACAAAAAACUCUAAAAUAUUUACGAAAAUUUGAACGCAGGCGAAAAAAAAGAUUAAGAAUUUAUUUCUGUCCUUAAAGCUAUGUUAUAAUAAACUUAAGAUGAAAAAAACAUAGCUUUCUUCGAUCUGAGUAUUGAGGGAUAUAAGUUCAUAGAAAAGCAUAUUAUAGGUAGAUAAGCUAUUGAAAUGCCAAAGGAUGCUUUUACUUGUUUUUUUACAUCUGAAGCAGAAACUUCCAUUUCAUAACAGUUAAAAUAAGACCAAAGUAGAAUAUAAACAGCAUGGAAAAAAAGAAACUUUUUGCUGAUUUUUAAAAAGCUUACUUAGUUAAAUUUGCUAAAAAAUAGUAUACAAGAUUUGUCAUCAUUUAGUAAUUAAUGGGAACAAAACUUAACUUAAAUUGAUGACUAAAUAAAUAGCGAAAUUUAAAGUGUAGAUUAAUUUGUUUAGAAAAUUAUUGAAUUUAAGAAGAUUGACGAAGAAUAAAUUACUAAUUUUUUAAAUACAAAAUAAGAACUGUCUAAGUUAAAUAUUUUAUAUAAACUAUUACCUUAAACUGAGAAUUUGGUGUAAAAGUUUAAUGGAGCCUUGAGAGAAGCUAUUUUAGCAAUACUUUAAAAUGUGAAGUAAGACUUGAUUUCAUGCUAAUAAAAUAAUGUAAAUGAAUAUUACUAGAAAUUGCUAUUUUUAUCAGAUAUCGUUAAGGAAGAAAAUUCCAUAACUGUAUUUAUUAGUUAUAUGAUGGAAAACAUAUCAAACCAAGUGAAAAAGGCAGAAAGCUUUUUAUAACAGGACAACUUUGCUGAUUUUUUUAAUGAGAUGCAGCAAAUUAUCAACUAUAUUGAGAGUUGCACAUUUUUACCUGCUCAUAAUGUUAAAGAUUAAAUUGUGAAGGCUUUUGAUAAAGUUAUUUUAGAAAUGGAAAACUCAAAGCUGACAAUUUUUGAAAAAAUAAAGCAAUAAACAGUGAAGAAAAAUGAGGAAAAUGAUAGAGAUAUACAAAAUGCUAAAGAAAAAAUUCACUCAAUUCAUUAAGAAUUCAAAAAAUCUAAUUUAAAAGAUGAACAUUGCAAAGAAAAGAUAAAUAAUUUUUAAAAGGAAUACAGAGAACAAAUAGAAAAAGAGUACUAGGAUAUUGAGGAAAAAGUCAAAGCUGUGAUAAAUGAUGAAUCAAGUGAAUUGUAGGUACUGAAGUCAAGAUUUAUUUAACUUUAACUAUUAUCUAAACUUUAUCCUAAGCUUGACUAAAAAUUUAAGAGUUUAGUAAGUCUCAUAAAUUCAAGAAUUGCGAAAAUGUCAAAAAAAAUCAAAUAAGUUGUAAAAGAGUUGUAAAUUACAAAUAACAGUGAAGAUGAAUUAGGAAUGCAAUUCUAAAAUUUAGAAGAGGCUUUUUAUUUAAUUUAAGAAUGUUAAUGGAUUUAAGAAAUAGAUUAAGACUAGGAGUAUGAUUCUUAAAAAUAAAAGAUACUUAACUCUAUGAAAAACUUUGCUAAUAUAAUUAUUGAUUAGCUUGAUUAAUUAGAAAUCGGUUUAGAAUAAACAGAAGAUCUCAAGAAAAUAGCAAGCUCAAAAUAAAAAAUGAAGAAACUAAAUAAUUUUUCACAUUAUGAUGAAGUGUUAAAACAAUCAAUAAACUAAUAUGAUGGUAUUGUUAUGGAGAAGUUCUAGUAUUAAUUUAAUAAAAUAAAAAAUUUUUCAGAACAAUAAAAUACUACUUUUUGGGAACGCUAAAAGAGUUAUUAAUUCUUAAAUAAAUGCAUUUCAAAUUAGAUUUAUAAAAAGGAAGCUCAAUAAAUGCUCGAAGAUGUGAAAAAAAAUCUAAUAAAUAGCUGCUUAGAAAAAGAGAAAUCUCUUAAAUAGUCUUUUGAGCAGCUAUAGAAUAUCUUUCAAAAUACUUCUUUAUCAAGUGAAGAGAGACAGUUAAUUGAAAAUUGCUCAAAAAAUAUCUAUGACAAGUUUGAAGAAAUGUCAAAGAUUGAAAAGUUUAGUGAAUUAAAAGAUAUUCUGGAUUAAGAUAAAAGCAACUUUUCUAUUUCAUAAUAAUUAUCCGGUAUUAAGAGAAUAUAGAUUUAAUUAUAGGAGAUUGUAGAUAUGAAUGAAUAUGUAGAAUAUAAGUGGAUUUUCAUUUUACAGAAACUGAAAAUAUUAGAUGAAUUACAAAGUAACUCAUAAAAUUCAUUUUGUUUUUCUGAUUUACUCUCUAAAACCUAUAAAAAGAAUAAAUUUAACGUUGAAUAACUGAAAUCUGGAUUCGAUAAAUAGUUAAGUAACAAUUAUCUUCCAUAAAUGCUUGCUACCUAUAAAAAGCUUUAAGGGUAGGCUAUGUAAAAUAAAGAAAAUAAAGAAAAUCAAAUGGUUUUGGAAGAUUUUAAGUUUUAGUUAGAAAAUUAAAUGUAAAAAAUAAUAAUAUAAAUUAAGUAAUAAGUCGACAAGUUAAGUUAACAUGUGACUUUUUUAUCUAUUGACAGCUAAAUUAAAGAAUAAAUAGAUUAUGCAGACUAAAUUAUUAAUUCAUAUAAGCAGUUCAAUGAUUAUGAUUAUUAUUUUAAGGACUAUUUGGAUGUAGAUAAAUUUAAGUCUGAAAUUGAAUAAAUUAAUAAAAUUAUUUACUAAGUUGCUAAUGAAGGACUCAAAAAAAUAUAAUAAAUGUUCAAAAACUAUUAUUUCAAAGAAUUUAAUGUUUAAUAUUAAUUUAUGCAAGAAGUUUUUAAGAUCCUUAUGUAAAAAUUUGAAAUAAAAGAACAAUUCAACCAAUUAGAAUCAGGAUAAAUUAAAGAAUACUGCUUCAAAGAACUUUAAUAAAAAGUUGAGAAUUUAAAUUUAGAUAACUCAAAAACAGAAAUAUUUGAUUUGAAUCUAAUAUGUGGCAAGUUAGAGAAGGUAUAAGAUAACGAAAUUUAUUUAAACUUAUCUAAAUAGCUUUAAGACAUUUUCUAGAAAAAACUGGAAGAUAAGUUGAAAUAAGCAAAUGAAAAGUCUCUAAGCUAAUUUGAGAAAACUAUCAAAGAAGUUCAAAGUUUUUUUGGUUAAAUUCCUAAUUAAAUGAAAAACUCUCUGAGCUAAUUAAUAGAAAACAUCAAUAAGACUGACAAAAUUAAAGAAUAAAUGAAUAAUUUCUAUAAACAAAAAAAUAUUAUUGAAAUUAUUAAGCUAUUAGAGACACUAAAAGAUUCAAGCCUUUAUACUGAAUUUAAAAAUAGGCUUGAUAAUUUCAUAGAAAAUGAAAUUUAAUUGAAUUAUAAUGAAAUUAUUUUAAAUGAUAAAAAAUAUAUUAACUUUGAGAAAAGCUUUCAAAAUUUAAUUAGGAUAGCUGUUAACACCGCCUAAACCUAAAAAUAUUUAGAUUAAGUAAAAGAAAAAUUAAAUAAUGUUUUUGAGCAAUUAUUUUGUGAUAAAAUUAAAGAAGCUGGAAACAAAAUUCAAAAUGUAUUGAGUUAAAAAGUUAGUAAUCACUAAACAAAUUUAGAAUUUUUUUCUGAUUAUUGCUGUUUAGGUAAUUGUUUGUUAAAGGUUUAUCACAAAUUGUAAGAAUAAGAGCUGAAAAUUUUAAAAGAACUUGAAUAUUUCUAUGUGUUUGAUUAAAUUUAAAUAUAAUAAUAAUUAGUUAUCACAAAUCUCAAACCUAUUGUAAGGUAAAUUUAACAUACUGAAGAAGACUUUUCAUGUAUCUACGAUUAAUUUAAAAUUGCUUACUAACUUUAAUAUUUUGAUUGUGAAUCAUAUCAUGAAUUAAUAGAAAAUUUAAAAUCUAAGCAAUAAAAACUGAACAAUUAGGUGGAAUAAAUUUUGUAAAAGGAUGUUAAUAAAUUUACAAUUUAGAAAGAGUAUGAAGAUUACUACCAUUAUUUUUAAAAAGUCUUCUAAAAUGCUAAAUAAAUGUAAAUUUUAGUGUAGUAAUUCAAUAUAAUCUCUUAAAAAAUAACGCUAUUUGAAGAUUUACUAUAAAAAUUAAAUUAAAUCAUUAAAUCAAUAAAUUAUGAUCUCAAAUAAUGUUUUUAAGGUGAUAUUUUUGAUGAUAGUGUUGUUAAAAGUAUUAACAAUAUUUAUUUGAAUUCUAAAUAUAUCGAUUAAUAUUUUUCAUCUAUGGGCUUUGUAGAAAAUAGUAUGAAUUAGAGGUUUGUGCAAUCAGAAUUUUUAUAGUAAAUUUAAAAGUAGUUUACAGAACCAAAGUAAAUUGAUAAAAUAGAAUAAUUUACAGAGUACAUAUCUAAUAUGCAUAAAAUAUCUUCAACUUACAUCUACAUGGAAAAAAUCAAAACAGAAUGUAAUGAAAAGAUUAACUAAGCAUUAAAAAAUUACAAAGAUUUUAAAGGAUCUCUAGAAAAGUUAUAAAUUCAAUUAAGAAAAUCUAAAUAUGGUGAUUAAGUAACAUAAAAUCACCCUUUUUUCAAAGGAUUUUAGAUUAGUGAUACAAAUCUAAGAAUAUAGAGGUUUGGCAUUGAUCAAGUCUUAGAAUAAGUAAGAGGUUAUUCUGAUAUCGAUAAAAAAGAUGACAUAAAUAAGACUUAACUAAAUAAUUUCUACCAAAGAUUUAUUAAUGAAUACAAUCAAUAUUUAGAUAAAUAUUUAACUUCUUUUGAGAAAAUUAAUUUUAUUGACCUCUUGAAAGAAAUAUAAAAUUCUGUAAAUAAAAUCAACAAAGAUGCGUUUAAUAAAACAGGAAAAAUAGAAUAAACAUCUUAGAUUAUAGUUGCUGAUCUUUUAGCAGGUAUUUUCUGUUGUUGGACUUGUAUAAAUUCAAAAUAUUAUUUUGAAUCAAUAGAUUAGUCAUAUGAAAACAAGUAAAGCUUUUUAUUAAAACCUCAUCCUUCUUAAAUAGUUGCAAUUUUUAGACUUUUAGGAAUUGGCUACUCCAAAAAUUAUGAUGAAAUAUAGUGUAACAGUUUAGCUUAAGUCUUGACUGGUGAGGGAAAAUCUGUUGUUUUGGCAGCUCUGGCAUGUUUUUACUCUCUAUGCGGAUUUUCUGUGAAGUGCGCUUGCUACAGUAAUUAACUUAGUGUUAGAGAUUACUAAGAAUUUUUACUUCUGUUUGAAAAGUUAAAGAUUAAAGAUUUGAUUUAGUAUGGAACAUUCAACAAGGUCUGUGAAGAAAUACUAAACCAAAGAGGAGACAUUAGAGAGCAAGUUUCAAGUUAUAUUUAAACAGAGAAUAUUAAAUAUUCAAAUAAUUCAAAUAUCAAGAAAUAAGUUCUCUUAAUAGAUGAAGUAGAUGUCUUUUUUAGUAAAGACUUUUUUGGAAAUAAUUAUGAUAUAGUGGCACCAAUCUAAGACCAAACAAUUGAAAGCUUGCUUGAUAAAAUAUGGAAUGCCAAACAUGAUCCUAACUUUAGUUUUAAAUAUAUUUGUAAGUCUCAAGAGUAUAAAAACUGUAUAGCUCAAUUUCCUAAUUGGAUUGAGCUGAUUAAAGAAUAAACAAAAAUUGCUGUUUCUGAUUUUAAAAAUAUCAAUAAAGUUAGUUUUGAAAAUUAUAAAAUCUAAAAUGACAAAAUUUAUUAUAAAAAUUAAGAUUAAUAUCUUGAUAACAUAUCAUAUGGAUAUAGAACUUUGUAUACCUACUAUCAAGAAAAUUAGAAUUCAAAAAUUUCAAAUGUAGGUCUUUAAAAAUAAAAAGUAUUUAAAAUUAACAGUGGAAGCUUUUGUUAUUCAGAGCUACCUAAAAAGUUUUUCAUAAUUAAUGGUGUCACAGGAACUUUAGAAACUUUAAGUUAAAGCCAACUCUAAUUAAUAUAAAACACAUAUAAUAUGAAAUAAUACACUUUUAUACCAUCAAUAUAUGGAAAGAGUAAGUUUUAAUUUAACCCCCAAAAAGAUGUGAAAGUAGUUUCAUAAUCAGAAUAUUAUAACACUAUUACAAAUGAAAUAAACAAAAAUAUAGUUGGAAAAACUGAUUAAAAAAGAGCAGUACUAGUUUUUUUUGAUACCAAGAAAACCUUACAUGAUUAUUACAAUAGUUAAUAGUUCAAAUCCUUAAAAUAAAAUUCCUAGAUUUAAAUUAUGACAGAAGAAAACUAAAUUGAAGAAAGAAAGAAAAUUAUAAAAGAUGCAACAUACUCUGGUGCAAUCACUUUACUGACCAAAAUUUUUGGUAGAGGUAUAGAUUUCUAAGUUAAUGAUACUAUUAUAUUUUAAAAUUAUGGAGUUCAUGUUAUUCAAACUUUCUUUUCUGAAGAUAAGUCUGAAGAGACCUAGAUAAAAGGAAGGACAGCAAGAUAAGGUGAAGAGGGUUCUUUCAGCAUGGUUCUUCAACAAGACACUCUAUAGGCUUUCCUUAAAACAGAAGAAGAUUAAAAGAAAAUUGAGAAUCUUGAUGAAAUAUAUGAAGUUCUUGAUAGAAAUCGUCAGGUUAAUUUCGAAAAUGACUUUAAAAGUAAUAUAGAAUAUAAUCAAAAGACCUCAAUUACUAGCCAUAAAUAAUCAGAGGACUUCUUAAAUUUUUUAAAAGAUUGUAAUUAAUAAGAAGUUAAAAAAUACUUAUUGUAAUUGAAUUAAGGCCCGAAAGAAAAUACUUUUAAAACUCUAAUUGCUAUGGAUGUUACAGGAUCGAUGAGUAAUCUCAUCACUUAAACCAAAAAUACAAUAUAAACAACUUUUGAAUAAACUAGAGAUAUCUUAACAGAAAAAGGAUAUGAUCCAUAAUGCUUUUAAAUCAUGAUAAGCUGUUUUAGAAGUUAUAAUAGCAAAUGGGAAGAGAUAUUCUAAACUUCAACUUGGGAAAAUAAUCCAGAUAAGUUAAGGUCUUUCUUAUAAAAAAUAACAGCCUCUGGUGGUACAUGGCCAGGAGAAUCUGUGGAAGUAGGAUUAUGGUGGGCUAACAAAUAAAAUGAUGAAGACCCAAUAAGUCAAGUAAUAAUUUUAGGGGAUUAACCUGCUCAUCUAAUGAAUGAAGCUUAAAAGUUUAGAAAUUAAUUUGGAUAGAGUUAUUGGGAUACUACUCCACUAAAAGGAUUAACUUAUUAUGUUCCAGAGUGUUAAAAACUUAAAAAUAAAAAUAUUCCUGUCAAUACAUUUUACCUGAAAUAAGGAGCAAAAAGUACAUUUGAAAAUAUUGCAAAAUUAACAAAUGGAAUAAGUUAAUAUCUUGAUAUAAAUUCUGGAUAAAGCUCCAAAUAAUUAACAACCCUGUUUGUUGAAUAAAUUUUAAAAGACAUUGGAAAGCAAGAUGGUUGUAGCAACGAAUUAAUUUCAGCAUACAAAGCCAAAUAUUCCUGA